CAUACUCGCACCGCGUAUCCUAGACCCAAACUUUCUUCUUGCCUUCUAGAGCCAAACCUGGCGCCCUAAUCGAUCUCCUUCUUGUGUUGUGGCUUUUCGUGGCUGGUGCGGGGGUGGCCACCAAGUGCUGAGGCUCACCCCCGGCUUAUCAAAAAGUAGCUUGGGCCUGAGACCCGCGUAUAGUUUGGCCAAAAGGCUGAAAUCCGCCAGCGAUUGGAGCUCGCCGACGAGGAGAAAAGCCGAACAGCGUCAACAGUUGCAAAGAUGAGCACGCCAGCAAGGAAGCGCUUAAUGCGGGAUUUCCGCCGACUGACAUCGGACCCGCCUCAAGGCGUGAAUGGGAGCCCUAACCCAGACAACAUUAUGCAAUGGAACUGCGUUAUCUUUGGGCCAGAGGACACACCGUGGGAUGGCGGCACCUUCAAGCUGACGAUGGAGUUCUCGGAGGAGUACCCUAAUAAGGCGCCCACUGUCAAGUUCAAGACGAAGCUGUUCCACCCCAACGUGUAUGCGGACGGGAGCAUUUGCCUGGACAUCCUCCAAAACCAGUGGAGUCCCAUCUACGACGUUGCGGCCAUCCUGACGUCAAUCCAGAGUCUGCUGUCCGACCCCAACCCCAACUCGCCGGCCAACGGAGAGGCGGCCCGCCUGUACAACGAGAACAGGCGAGAGUACAACCGGCGCGUGCGGGAGGUGGUGGAGGCGUCGUGGGUGGAGGAUGUGCCGGCGGAGGAGGAGGGCAAGGAGGACAAGUAGGCGCGCGGCACUGGCACACGCCGCCGCUGUUGCACGGCCGCAUCGGCAGCAGGUCGCGGCCGGGGCGGCAAGGGCCCACGGGAGGGCGGCGGAGCUGCCAACAUGGCGUGGAUCUGGGCAGCCUGCCGCUGUGGCACGGUAGACGCACGCAGGAUGAAAAUGACGCGCGGCGUCGGAGAGCCCAUAGAGCGUGUCUAGUGCAAGGGUAGAAUGAGAUUUGGGUUUGGUGGUCCGAGUUGGCAUGUGGAAUUAGCACGGGUACAUGUCGCGGACUGGCGGCACUCCGGCUGGUUUGUGCGGGGCGCAUGCUGCCUGAGGGUUAAGAACGGGUGCACGUGCACUCAACGGAGGUGUGUCGGUGGACACGGGAGGUAUGACGUGGCGGGCCUGUUUGGGGCGAGGACCCCGCGUGUAUGGGCCAGGGGGCCAGGUUGCUGAUGAACAACCGCAGUAUCACCUGCUGCUUAUACACGCCUUUUGCAGCAGCGUGAGCUGCCUCGGUGUGAAUGUGACACUACAAGAAGGGACAGGCCGACCGGCAGGGCUGCCCCGGAGGCCCGGACCCAUGCAAUAAGGGACCAGCUCCGGCCCACAGAGAAACAGCCCUUCGUGUGUGGCCACCAGGGUUAUACACGGGCGUUCUAAAAACCCCUGCCAUGUAUGAAGUACGCCCCGAUCCCCUUCCUGGCGCAGCCAGGAAGGGCCCCCUGCGGGGGCCCUAAAAUCUCCUGCGCGCCAGGAGCGCUUGCCCCAGCUACUCCUGUAUGUAAAUUUUUUUCCCA